UCAUGCUCUGGCAGGAUGGCCCAUCAGGUAACAUCAACCCCCCUUAUAAAUACCCCCCCCGGCUCCCAGCACAAGGGGGAUCUCGAACCCAAUACAAUACUCCUUCCCACUAACUUGAUCGUCGGAGGGGUCGGGCCGAGAUACCGACCCGACCUAUGUGCAGGUACCCGACCAUCGUCAACCCGGUUCGUCAAGGCGGAGCUCUCAAGCAAGACCCUCUGCAUCCGCCAUCUCAAGCCCUACAAAGGGAGACACGACCGAUCCCAGGCAUUUGGGGCCCUGAACCAGCCGCGUCAACCCCAAAGUCGCGGCCAGAACGUUAUUUACCGUAACACUGCCACUGGCCGCGUCGUCAACGUCUCCCGCCCUGGCCUCUCCCCCGGGCCCGACUUCAUCUCCGACGCCUCCAUUGCCGGGAGUCUCUCGCCUGCCCUCGGCGACCUCUUCUCCCUCCGGUUGCUCGAUCUCAGCAACCUCAAGCAGCUCGCCGGCCCCGUUCCACCCGCCCUCGGCCGCCUCUCCCGCCUUGAACACCUCCUCCUCGACUCCAACCAACUCACCGGCUGCAUCCCCUCCGCCUUCGCAAACCUCACCCGACUCCGGAAGCUCUCCCUCGGCAACAACCGCCUCUCCGGAUCGCUUCCCCCUUCCAUGUUCACCUCUCCAUUUCUUUCCGUGGUCUCUCUUUCCAACAACAGGCUAACCGGCGGCAUCCCGGCAUCCAUCGGGCGGGUACCUGCAAUGGAGGCACUAGACCUCCAUGGCAACCACCUCACCGGCUCCAUCCCCAUGGAGAUCGGAUUGCUGCGAAGGCUCACUGUUCUUGAUCUUUCAGAGAACAAGAUCUCCGGCGGCAUCCCCAGCUCCAUAGGCAAGCUCAAAAACCUGGUGGUUCUCUACUUGAACCAGAACCGCAUCACGGGAAGCAUUCCGCCUUCCAUCGCCGGUAUGGUCUCGCUGCAGUUCUGUAGGAUGUCGGAGAACCAGCUCACCGGGAGCAUCCCGGAUUCGAUCGGCGGCCUACCUAGCAUCGAGAGACUGAUACUGGAGAACAACAAGCUCACCGGUCAGCUGCCCGCCGCUAUAGGACGCCUCGCCACGCUCACGGACAUCUUCUUCUCCAACAACCGAUUUACCGGCAGGAUCCCUUCCAGCUUCGCCAACCUGGCCAAUCUGCAGACGUUAGACCUGUCGCGGAACCGCCUCGGUGGUCCAAUCCCCGCCGAGCUCUCCCGGCUGCGGAACCUCCAAGAGCUGGAUCUCUCCUUCAACUCCCUGAUGCACUUGGGCAGGCCGCCGAGCUGGCUCGGCCAGAUGAACAUAUUCAAGCUUGUCCUGGCGGACACAGGGAUCUCCGGUCCGCUGUCUGACUGGCUGUCGUCGGCGUCGUCCAUCUCGAUCCUCGACCUUUCCAGCAACGGACUGGUGGGGGAUCUCCCGCCGUGGAUCGGCAACAUGACCGGGCUCUCGUUGCUCAACCUCUCCAACAACACUCUGCAUUCGGGGAUCCCGGAGGGGUUCAAGAACCUGACGCUGCUGAUGGACCUGGACCUGCACUCCAACGAGCUGUACGGCCGGCUGCGGCCAGUGCUGGCGAAGGGGACGCAGGACCCCUUGGGGCACUACCGGACGCUGGAUCUGUCACGCAACCGGUUCACCGGGGGGCUUGACGAGGGCGUGGGGGAGCUGGCCGCGAUGGACACAGUAGAGAGGCUAGUGGUGUCGCACAACCCAGAGCUUGGCGGCGGGAUACCGGCGUCCAUGGCGAGGCUGGCGGCGCUGAAGGAGGUGGGGAUGGCGGGGAACGGGCUCUCCGGGAGCAUACCUGAGGGCGUGCUGGACCUCGCGCGACUGACCGAGUUCGAUGUGUCAGAUAACAGGCUCAGCGGUCGGAUACCGCGCCAUCGGGCUCCCUUGACGGCGGAGGGCUUCAGAGGAAACACGGGGCUCUGCAGCGCGCCUCUCCCGCCAUGCAAGCUGUGGUAACGAGCCAAAGUACACAGGAAGGAGUCUCAGAUUUAAUUUCCCGAUGUCAAGGUGACGGAGAACAAAACAAAACUUUCUUGUUUGACAAUUCAUGGAAACGUAAGAACGGCUUGCACUUUUUUCUUUUUCGUUUUUUGGAGUCCAAUUGUCUAUUAAGGUGAGGAAUCUUAAUAUAUCAAACUAUAUAAUAUAAUAUAAGGCUACAUACUUACAUAAUUUAUAGA